AUGUUCAGUGGCGAAGUGUGAGCGACGUCGAGCUGACGUAGCGUCGCGCGGCGGCGCUGUGGUCGCGAUGCUCGUGGUGAAGUGACCGGACACUUGCGACGUCGAUCCGGCUGCGCGGUUUGUUUGUUAGUUUGCCGACUCGUUCUCUGCAUCUUUCUUCUCGUUCUCGUUUUUCUUCUUCUUUGUCUUAGCGCGGUGUAAAGUGUCCGUGGAUGCGGGAACAAUUCAGGUUAAACGAUAAACGGGACAAUGAGGGAAGUUCUUUUCUCUGUGCUUGAGACAUCGCAUCACAGAACGACCACGGCCACUUAGCUCCCGGUAAUGAGGCGCAUCAUCAAUAAAUGCGACGACGCCCUGUGAAGAUCGCGUCAUGGAUCCGGCAUCGAGCGGCCCUCAAGUCAUCCGGUUGCUCCUUAUUGUGACUGCGAUACCGUGAUUGAAUCGAUGGACUCGGCUGGUGUGCAGCUACUUCAGGAAGCUAAGCAAGACUUCGAAAACAAAGCGUUCUUCCACGACACGAGGAUUUCUUGAGUGCGCCUGACAGUGUCCCACAGCCCUUGGCCCUAGAGAUUGACGACUGAUCGACUGAUCUACCUGCAUCUGCAACCAGCCACGGGGACGGAAGUAGACGCUCUGCUACUUUUUCGUGACUACCACGUGUUACCAAUAACGUAAACAACACUUCUCACAAAACAGAUGGUCGUUACAGCGGUUGACGCUUCGUCACAGCAUCAAGUGAGGCUGAAGAUGAGACGCCUAUUUAUGAAACAAGAUAUGGCUAAAUGAAUGGGACGGGUAAAUUGUAUAAUGUUCGCAAACCCUAGGAUGUCACGUUGUUCCCCAUUGAAACCGGACUUACAAGCGAGGCCACCCGUGAAGUAUGAGACAAGUGCAAGCGCUACCGUUGGUAUACUCGUGACACCAAGAUACGCGUAGAUGGAAGAGCAAAGGUCGAGAGCAGCCGAAGUAAUUCACUGGCUGUAGUGAAACGCUGGGGGCUUGACAACAGUGUCUCGUCAGCAGUUGUCAUUGAAAGGAAAUGACAGGUCACAUUUUGCUGGUACUUAGAAACUUCUAGGAGAGUGCGAACCUUCUGAACAAUUCUCAAAUAGAAAAAAAAGAAGAUUGUGGGAAAUUGGUUGAGGAAAUCCCUCAGAUUGCAAGAAGUAGCUCAGCAAUAAGAAUAGUCAAAAUAGCACAAGGAAAUAUUCGAGAUAAAUAUUCUCCCCGCAUAAGUAUUUAUUCGUCCUCACAGUUGUACUGCCUUACCGGAGCAGCAACCUUAGCGUAUACUUCUACUCGGUUGAGAUACUGCACGAAAAAUAUUGUCCUAUCUCGUUAAACGUAUGAUUCUAAUCAUUGCUGGAAGUUAUUUAGGAGAAGAUAUGUUCAGAUAAACAAGAGUUAUGCGGGCCGUGAAGCUGUGUUGACGUAAGUCAGUUCGGGGCUGAAUAACGAUUGCCAAGUUUAGAGAGGUCCUGAGAACUAUUGUGGGUGCUGCGCGCUAUAUUUAUUGUUGGCGAACCAUCGUGCUUCAUGUAAAUUUGCAGUCAGCACCAACGCUGUAUAAAAAGUCGUAACAAACAAAAAUCAGUAAGACUACCUCUGAACUUAGAGUGUCUGAAGAAACUGUCAACGUUCUGCAAAUUUUUUGCUCUUGUCUCUUGUUCAGCACCGGAAGCAACAGUAAAGACUAAACGAGGGAAGGCCAGGGCUACGAAAGUACGCGCCUGAGUACUCCCAUAUCCUUGCAAAGGUUGCGCCAAAGAUGCUUCAUUUCAUUUCUUCAAGCCGUUUGAAAAUUUGGGGCACACGCAGUCACUUUUUGAAAACGCUUUCUUCCUCUCAUUUUUGCCGCCGUUGGUAAAGUAAAUUAAAGAUUUUGUGGCCUCACGGUUAUGCUGUAAAUUUUAUUGCUGCUUGUGAAAGUACGCUCGUUAGAACGUCUUCAUCUAUAUUUUGUAUACUGCAGUGGCUGUAUACGGCCUGUGCGCAAAAGAACUUAUCAAGUUAUCGGCAACCUGAUAACUUAGAGCUCAUUGUUUCGUUGAUCAUAGACAAAACUGCUGACAAUUCUGUGGUAUGUUGUCAGCUUAUCUUAACAUACCGGCAGUCACUACUUAAGGUUUCAAAUAAAUGUCGUGCUCUUAACGAACUGAAAACGUCUCCAGCCAUACUCAAACACUAAAUAGAACUCACUUUAGCUUUGUCAUAAUUACGAAGAUUUGAUCAACCCGCCCAUACAAGUGGACAUCUCGACAGUUUCGUGAAAGAAGCGUGGAAUGUAAGAUGACCUCCGAGCUCUGAGAAGCGUCGUCGCGAGACCAUGGCCUAAGCAUCAUGACCACACGAGUGAACCUUGCUACCUGUCAAAUUGUGAGGGUUACACGCAUCAAAUUCCGCUUCCAUUGUUUCUGUCAGUCCUCUUCAUCUAGGAGAUCGACGGUCUGCAGAUAGGUUCGCGACAACUUAGUUUGCCCAAGUGUCGCGCUUGCCAGGUAAUUCUUCGAUCGAAGCGACUGCAAACAGAACGACUGCUUCGAAGAAGGUGUCGUACAGUAAAGCGCAUUUAGGAACGUGUAACGUGCCACCUUUCGCAACAACGUACUCCAAGUCUCCUGCACAAGAGAAAUCCUUCGUGGUUGCACAUCGGCGCAGAGACCGGCUCACAGAGAGCCGAUUUUCGGACCAUCGUUUCUGUCGGCAAAUCUUUGGGACUGAGAUCGGUGGAAAAACAGAAGCACCUGCUGCUCUUCCAGCUUCACGUCAGUUCGAACGUCUUCACUGGAAGUCGACAAUAGAAGACUGUCUUAAGAGCACGCGGAAGUGGCACCAGAGUUCGAAGACAUCUCGCCACUACGCCACAUGGAAGCGAGCGCGGGCUUUCGCAUCGGCUUCCCAUACGCCCUGCACGCUCCGGGUCUUUACGGCCCGUCGUCCUUCGGCAGCCCGCUGUCCGCGGACUCCGCGACCGCCGCCGUUCUUCGAGGCAGCGGCGGCCGUGGCGGCGCCUCGCCUCCUGCCAGCGGAACGACGCGGGCCGAAGUGGCGGACCUCGGUGGGGGCGAGGACCUGCGCAGCGACGACGAGUCUCCGGGACCCGUCCACAGGAUGGGUCUGCCACCGACCAGUUCCCCGUGCUUCGGCGUGUCCGUACACCCGUCCGCCUUGGCCGCAGAGAUGUCGCCCACGCAAGGCCACCACACGCUGCAGAGGCAAAUGCACCCGCACUCUCAACACCACUUGCACCCAGGCUCCGUCGUCUCCGUCGGAGCACGACCCUCCCUCGCAGCCGUCACAGCGGCCGUAUCGGCGGCCCCGCCCCAGCCGGCGCCCAGCCUGGCCAGUCUGCCGGGCCACCACGGUGAGCCGCAGCGGCACCACCACCCGCCGCGUGCCCCGUCGACCCCCGAGCCUCCGGCGCCGCCCGCGAGCCAGGCGGCCAUGAUGGCCGGGGGCCGCAAGCACCGGCACGCCAAGACCAUGCGGCUGAGCAUCAACGCGCGCGAGCGAAGGCGUAUGCACGACUUGAACGACGCGCUCGACGAGCUGCGCUCCGUCAUCCCGUACGCGCACAGCCCGUCCGUGCGCAAGCUCUCCAAGAUCGCCACGCUCCUGCUCGCCAAGAACUACAUUCUCAUGCAGGCCAACGCCCUGGAGGAACUGCGUCGCAUCAUCGCGUACAUGAACCAGGCCGGAGGCGUGGCCAUCCCAGCCGCUGCCGCAGGUCCCCUGGCGGCUUGCUGCCCCAUGCCAACACAGGUGGCCUCGGUCCAGAACCACGGCGGGGAAACCGGAAGAGGAAGCAAGUUCCAGGGAACCCCUAGUUCCGGUCUCUUCUCGCCAUUCGCCCCCGCGCUGAACGGCGGAAGUCCAACGGACUCCGGAGGCGGGACCAGUGACGGCAAACCGUGACGUAGGUGGACGCGUCAGCGACCUUGACUAAGUCAUUUGUGCGUGCGCCUCGCGUGGUGGGAUUCGCCGCGGUUCACGUGACGUGGAACAUACGAAGAAGAACAGUGGCGCCGCCUACGGCCAAGUUCCCCGGUGGACUCGUUGACGACUGCCCAUGCGCCAUUCCUCGAUGCGUGUAGUAUUCCAGGAGGACAAGCGUGCUUAAAGACCAGAUGCUGGGACAUUGAACAUUUGAGCCGUGGUAUUGUUUUCCUUGGCUCACGUGACCAGUGAAAAACGUGCGCGCAGCGUUCUUCGAAGCCGUCUUCGCAAAAAUGACAGCGUUUCGCGGAGCACAGAUGGGAGCUAGACAAGGCCCUUGCCAAGACAUGAACUUAUCACGGUGUUGUUCAAAACGCGUUUCCGUCACGUUAGGACAAGGUGUAGGCGCUGGAGGGCUUAGGCUUAACUAUAACCGAGAUGCACACACACACACGCAAACACACACACACAAAAAGAACAGGCGGUUCGGCAGUGCUCUUACGACGUCACUCGUCACGCUGCAUGAACCAUGCGAUAAAUAUUUAAGGUCUUCUGUUUCGGAUGCUAUUAUUCUACGAGAGCGGUUUCAAGCACGCUACACAAAAACAUUGGUUACAGAUUGUCCUAACAAACUUCCACGCUAGUGGCCCUCUUUUCAAUGCGCGAGCGGGGAGUCAGUCGCGCAAAUGAACCGUCACGAAAGCGGCAAUCUUCAGCCUACUCUCGCCGACAAUGAAGUGUUUCGUGUUACUCUUGUUCAGCUACAUCCAUCGGUAAAUGCGAUUUUAACAAAUGCAAGCAGUUGUUGAUUUAAGGACAUUGAGUAGACGAACAUAGAAGAAUGGGCGCAUAAGAUGAACGUAGAUGAAAAUAAAAUUCUGCUAACGAGCACAAAUGGCGACGUAAAUUUUAUAACGAGUGUUUGGGUUAAGUGUUGGUUAAAUUAGGACGUCUGCUUUAAGUAAAACGUUCAACCAAUUUUAUAGCCGCACGUAAUCUGCUCUACAAUACUUGAUCAUAGAUUUAAACCCGAAGCAACGUAAUAUGGAAAGUACAUGCGCAUUUUUAUUGAUGUGUAAGCUCAGUGCGCAAAGCCAAAAACUGUAGCGAUUGAUUAGCAAAACGUGAACGUCUACGUACAAAUUAAGCCCAGAUUGCGAGGAGGUUCGAUCGAAUGCAGGGAUUGUGUUCGCGUAACCUGCCCUAAAAAGGCAGGAACAUAUUUUGCUAACCUGAUCUCAUAAUGUGGUUUCGAAUACCACGCGGUGAUCCAUGCAGGCAGCCUUAACCAGAUAAUAUGAGUCCACACGUCUUAUUUGAUAGAAGCGUGAUUAACUGUCUUCUAUUAUAAAACUUCCUCCGGUUACAAAAUCGCCCGAACAGAUUACGAUCAAAGAAAGGUUACUGAAGAGUUCAAGUUAUAUUCCCGUAACUGCUGUAGUGAAAAUAUCGACGGAAUAAUAGACGUCACGCAUAACUUUUAAUGCGUUUCAAUUGGUGAAUGCACUAAAUUGACGCGAUUCGAAGGUUUCGUAAAAAUCUUGUUCGUCUAUUUUCCUAGAAGUCACUUUCUCAUCUUGUGCCAAGACUGCGAUGUUUACUUUUUUUCUGUUCUUCUUCCUUGCAACCUGCCGGCUUGUAUAUAUACGAGCGAGGGUGCCACUUGAUUCUCUUUUUUUCCUCGAGUGUUCACCAUCGCCUAACUAUUCGGAGAAUAAAACUCCGUGAAUGGACUUUCCUGACGAGCGGCGAUCGCGAUAAGAGCGCGAGCGCGCGAGAUUUGUGCAUAAAAGACUUGAAGAGUCGACGUCAA